AUGGCAACAGAACCUACUACUUCUCCAAUCUCUUUACCACCAACUUUGCCUUCGGCUUCGGUUUCUAUCGAACCAUCAGUCUGUCAAAUUUGUAAGCAAUCUAUGAGUCCUGAGGAACAGUCCUGUUUAAUUAUAAAUGAAUGCAGUCAUGCCUUUCACAGGUCGUGCAUAGAAACUCAUUUAGCCACGUCAUCCGAGUGUCCCAUUUGUAAAAGACAUUUUCAAUUGUCGGAAUUAAAGAAACUUGUGAUUCACCCAAGAGGUAGUUUAGCGAAACCAACUUUUCCAAAGCCACGCGGUGCUAUGGCAAAGCACUAUAAUACCAGGAGUGUGAGUAGAAAUAUAGGUCAAAAUCCUUCUGAUGUCAGUUUUAUUAUGGAACCAAACGAAGAGCCAAUGCCAUCGUCUGUGACCAAUGCACCUAAUCCAACAAUUGACCCUGUGAAUGAACAGAAUAAUACUGCCCCAAAUUCGAAUAAUGGUAUUGAUUACCAAGAGAUCAAUUGUAUGAUUGAGCAAAGUUUGUCCCGCCUUUGCGAUACCACAAAAGAGUUCAAAAAAUUAGUACAAAUGCGUGAGAAUUUCUUAGCAGAUGAACACGUUCGUAAGAAUAUUGUUACGAAAUUGAAUUUGCAUUUAAACUAA